AUGGGUAGGUCACAAGAAUUGUGGGGAUCAGAUUGGGCUGAUUUUCGUCCUGAGAGAUGGUUGGAGAGAAGAAGAAAUGACACAUCAAGUGGUGAUGACUGGAAUUUCAUCGCGAGAGACCCUUUCACAUAUCCGGUGUUUCAAGCAGGGCCAAGGACUUGUUUAGGAAAAGAAAUUGCAGUCGUGCUGAUGAAGAUGGUGGUUGCCACCAUUCUAAAGCGCUUCCGAGUCACUCCGGCUCAAGAUAAUUUCUCUCCACAUUAUAAUUCAAUUAUUGUAUCAAGGAUGAAAAAUGGUUUUCCACAUAUUCUCAAGACGCGCUUCAAUAACUAUCAUAAAGAGAGGAUAUUCAUAGAAGCUUUAUCAGAUUUGUUCAGGAAGGGUCUUUUCCUCUCUGAUGGCUCGGAGUGGAAGUCACAAAGACAAUUUUUUCACCACAAUUUCGAUCCUAAAGAGUUUCAUGCUUAUACAUUUGUUGUAGAGGAAGAGCUCUCGGGUCAUCUUGUCCCUUUUUUAAGUAAUGCAGAAAAAACUGCAUCUACAAUUGAUCUCCAGGAUACAUUUCGUCGAUUCACAUUUGAUUUUGUAUGUGGGAUCGGGUUUGGGUUCGAUCCUGAGUAUUUAUUACCUUCUCUCCCACCAAUCCCUUUUGCCGACGCUUUUAAAACUGCAGUAAAGUUGAGCAUUUUAAGAAAGGAAAGAUUUGUCGCGGAGGAGGACUUGGAGGACAAGGACAUAUUUGCAAGAAUAGUGAGAAGGGCACAGGGUGAACAACUAGACAAAACAUUUCUUGUUAAUACAGUUGUUAGCUAA